AAAUAAAAAACGAGGUUAUGACACCAUCAUAAUUUCCAUGAUAAUUUCAAAUUUGAAUUUUUUUCCCUGAGUAAUGGAUAUUAAAGAACGAGUAUUAUAUAGGAAGAUUGAGGAAAGUGGUAUAAGAGUUCAAGCCGAUUUUGGUAUAAAAUGUCUCUCCCUUGUUAUAUUCCAAGAAACUAACGAGGAAUUCUUAAUAUUCAAGUCGAUGAUUCUAGAGCAAAAUUUGAAACAUCAAGCUGAUAAACUAGGUCUAAGCGAGGAUGACUACUUCGAAAAAUUGAUUUCUCUCUUUGAAAAUCCAUGUAGAGUGAAGUUCAACUUGUGUAAUAACAACCUAACUGUGAUUGAGGAUGUGAAUUCCCAUCUUCAAGUCAAAUACUUCACUUGCAAUAUCAACAAGGCUAGCAGUUCUUCUAUAGGGAGUUUCAUUGAUGACCUUCAAUCUCAAAAGGCACAUUCAGAUAAACAGUGCAAGAAGCUCUUAUAUGACAAUGAUUGUCUUAAGAGGGAUGUUGAUGAAUAUAAAAAAAAAUUGGAGGAAUUAGUUGAUAGGAAGAUUAUUGAUGAACAAAUGAUGUUGAGAAACUUUGUUUUACUCUUGAAUGAAAAGAAAAAAAGAAUUCAGCAUCUCAGUGAAUUGUUAGAGGCAUAUAGAAAUGAUCCAUCUUUAGCUGAACCAGUAGAAGUGAAUAUUAACUGUAAUAAAAAAAGGAAAACAAAAAAUACGACAUCUAGAGAACCUCAAUGUCAAAUUGAAGAGAACAUUUCUGAUUCAGGAUCGGGUGAUUCAAACCAUGCUUUUGAAAUUGAUAAGGAACAUCUUGCUGAUGGGAUAAAAGCUGAAAGCACUUCUAGCAAACAUGAUGAUAUAUUUGAGGAGUCUUCUUCAGAUCAGGACUUGUCAUUAAUGAAAUUUCCAAACCCAAAUUCUCUAAAAAAUUUUUCUGAUAUGUUAGCAAGCACCAGUAAGGAAAUUACUCCUAAUUCAGAAUUGAAAUCGAAUGAAAAUGAUAAGCCUUCAUUGAGUGCAUCACUAGAUUUUCAAAUGGACAAUAUUGAUACUCAGGAAUAUAUUGAUAAUUUGUAAAUUAUUUUUAAUACAUGGAAAUAAUUGAAUAUGAUAACUAAUAAUAAAAGAAUUCAAAUAACUAA